AUGGUGCCCCUCGAGGGAAGCCCCCGUCCCCCUCUCCUCGGGAGGCACAGCAGCGCCCAGGUCAGCGAGCAGGCGCUGGCGACUCCUCGGAGACUGAGGAGGGGGCUGUGGACACCCUCCGGACCCCCUCCCGAAGUGCCCUUCGCCCUGGCCGCCCUGCCCUGGCUAGAGACGGCUGAGGACUGGAAAUGCUCCAGGGGCCCGGGCGUCAUCCAGGGAGGUGACCUUGCCCAGCCCAGCUGUCGGGACAAGGACGCCGGGCAGGCAGAGAUGGCAGACAACAGGGCCGACGAGAAACCGGAAGUGCACCCAGCCCUGAAAACCAGCCGGACCCGUGCCAACCUCACGCUGACCGUGGCUCGCCCCUCGGAGCGUCUGACCACAGAUCUGAUCCGUAUGAAACAGCAGGAGCAACAGCCAGGUCUUCGCAGCUGCCCACGUCUUACCAGGAAUCAGCCAGCCUUCCGCCUGCACUGGCCACAGGCUGAAACAAGUGCACAGUUUUGGGAAGUCAUCAGCGAUGAGCACGGCAUCGACCCCACUGGCAGUUACCAUGGCGACAGUGACUUGCAGCUGGAGAGAAUCAAUGUGUACUACAACGAGGCUGCUGGUAACAAGUAUGUGCCUCGGGCCAUCCUCGUGGACCUGGAGCCGGGCACCAUGGACUCUGUCAGGUCUGGACCCUUCGGCCAGAUCUUCAGGCCUGACAACUUCGUGUUUGGUAUGUAG